CAGCAUGCUAAGCCGGGUGCGCUCGGCCGUAGCGCACCUGGUGAGCUCCGGGGGCGCCCCGCCUCCGCGCCCCAAGUCCCCAGACCUGCCCAACGCGACCUCAGCGCCGCCCGCCGCCCUCCCAGAAACUCCCAGGAGCCCUCCUUCAGGGGCUGGGAGCGGGAGCGGGGCGCCAGCGAAGACCGUAGACCCUCGAGCGAGCUUCUCCAGACCGACCUUUCUGCAGCUGAGCCCUGGGGGGCUGCGACGCGCCAACGACCAUGCGGGCCGGGCUGUGCAGAGCCCCCCAGACACGGGCCGCCACCUGCCCUGGAGCACGGGCUAUGCCGAGGUCAUCAACGCUGGCAAGAGCCGGCACAAUGAGGACCAGGCUUGCUGUGAGGUGGUGUAUGUGGAAGGCCGGAGGAGUGUUACAGGGGCACCUAAGGAACUUAGCCGGGGCCAGGGACUCUGCUUCUACUACUGGGGCCUGUUUGAUGGGCAUGCAGGGGGUGGAGCUGCUGAAAUGGCCUCAAGGCUCCUGCAUCGCCACAUCCGGGAGCAGCUAAAGGACCUGGUAGAGAUACUUCAGGACCCUUCUCCACCCCCUCUCUGCCUCUCCUCCACCCCUGGGGCCUCAGGUUCCUCUGAUCCCUCUCACCUGGUUGGUCCUCAGUCCUGCUGGUCUUCACAAAAGGAAGUGACCCAUGAGAGCCUGGUAGUAGGGGCCAUUGAGAAUGCCUUCCAGCUCAUGGAUGAACAGAUGGCCCGGGAACGGCGUGGCCAUCAAGUGGAGGGGGGCUGCUGUGCACUGGUUGUGAUCUACCUGCUGGGGAAGGUGUAUGUAGCCAACGCAGGUGACAGCAGGGCCAUCAUUGUCCGGAAUGGUGAAAUCAUUCCAAUGUCCCGGGAGUUUACCCCGGAGACUGAGCGCCAACGCCUUCAGCUGCUUGGCUUCCUGAAACCAGAGCUGCUGGGCGGUGAAUUUACCCACCUUGAGUUCCCCCGUAGAAUUCAGCCUAAGGAGCUGGGGCAGAGGAUGCUGUACAGGGACCAGAACAUGACCGGCUGGGCCUACAAAAAGAUCGAGCUGGAGGAUCUCAGGUUUCCUCUGGUCUGUGGGGAGGGCAAAAAGGCUCGAGUGAUGGCCACCAUUGGGGUGACCCGGGGCUUAGGAGACCACAACCUCAAGGUCUGCAGUUCUACCCUUCCCAUCAAGCCCUUUCUUUCCUGCUUCCCUGAGGUACAAGUGUAUGACCUAACACAGUAUGAGCACUGCCCGGAUGAUGUACUGGUCUUGGGAACAGAUGGGCUGUGGGAUGUCACCAGUGACCGUGAAGUAGCCGCCACUGUGGACAGGGUGCUGUCUGCCUAUGAGCCCAAUGACUCGAGCAGGUACAAAGCUCUGGCCCAAGCUCUGGUCCUGGGGGCCCGAGGUGCCCCGCGGGACCGUGGCUGGCGUCUCCCCAACAACAAGCUGGGUUCCGGGGAUGACAUCUCAGUCUUUGUCAUCCCCCUGGGAGGGCCAGGCAGUUACUCCUGAGGGGUUCAGCCCCAUCCCUCCCACCACCCCUGCAGCUUCUCCUUGCUUACCCCUCUUUCAGUCCACAUUCUGAAGUUGUCUCCCUGACCCUUCUUUAGUGACAACUUAACUGAAGAAGAGGUGUCAGCUAGAUUCAAAAUUAUAGCCAUUGGUAAAUAAACCAGAUGGAUAAAGUUGUGUGUCUUUAUUUACUUUGACUAGAUACCGAAAAGUAAGGAAAAGCUCUGUGGAGUGGUAGAAAGAACACCAGAACCUUCCCCAAAACGCAGUAUCUCCAGGCUCUCUCUUCUAUCCUCUGCUCUUCCCACUCCACACCCUCUCCAUGAGCGUUCUCAUCCGUUCCUAUGGCUUCAUCCAUCUGCUAUUGUCUUCCAAAUCAGGAUUUCUAGCCCAGACCUUUCCAGAGCUUUAGACCCACACAUCCCAGUUGUCUCCUGAACAUCUAGACAUGACACAGGCACUUCAACUCAUUAAGUCAUCAUCUACCCUCAUAAACAUGGUCCUUCUCCUGGUUCAUCAUCUCAAUGGGCUCCAGUUCAGCUGUUCAGUUAGAAAUCUUGGAGUUAGUCACCCUUGGCUUCUAUUUCUUCCUCAUCAAGCUAAUCAAUUACUAAGUCUUACUGAUUAUAUACUUGAAAUAUAUUUCAUACUUGUCCACUGCUCUCCACCCCCACCUUAGUCACCGCCUUAGCUCUUUACUGUCAACCUCCUAACCCAUCUUUCUGUCUCCAGGCCUCUCCCCCGCCUCCCUUAAGUACACUAGGAACAUAGCAGCAAAGGUAAUUGCACAGUGUGAAUCUGAGUUGCUUAUUUCCCUAAAAGAAAACACUCCAGCAGCCCCUUAUUACACUUAGAACGAAAUCCACGCUCCUAAGCAUUUUUUUUUUUUUUCAUCUAAGGACUUUCAUGAUCUUGCCACUGCUUCCUAAUCCAUCCUCAUCUUUCAUUGAACCAAAUCAAAACAAAGUUUAAAAAAGACACACUCAUUGCCACCAAGUUGAUCCUGACUCACAGCAACCCCAGGUGUUACAGAGUAGGACAGCUCCAUAAGGUUUUCUUGGCUGUCAUCUUUUCAGAAGCAGAUCGCCAGGCCUUUCUUUUGUGGCACUGCUGGGUGGGUCUGAAUUGCCAACCUUUAGGUUGUAGUGGAAUGGUAACCAUUUGCGCCACCCACGGGCCACCCUCAAAUCCCAUCCUCCUGGGGUUCCCAUAACUCUGUGGGCCUGUAGUAGUUCAUACUCAUUAUUUAAAAUCUAUACAUCACCUUAUCUUGGACAUUUCUCCAGCCCUUUGCAACUGGGCAUCUCACCGCCCAUGCAUGACCCAACUACAGCUAUUACCUCACUGUAUUAAAACCAUCUGGAAACCCUGGUGGGUAGUGGUUAAGUACUAUCUACGGCUGCUAACCAAGAGGUCGGCGGUUUGAAUCUGGUAGGCACUCCUUGGAAACCCUACGGGGUAGUUCUACUCUGUCCUAUAGGGUCGCUGAGUCGGAAUCAACUCGAUGGCAGUUUUUUUUUUUUUAACUGUCUAUACUAGAAGUCGGAAACCCUGGUGGUGUAGUGGUUAAGUGCUAUGGCUGCUAACCAAAAGGUCGGCAGUUGGAAUCCCCCAGGCGCUCCUUGGAAACUCUAUGGGGCAGUUCUACUCUGUCCUAUAGGGUCAUUACGAGUUGAAAUAGGCUCGACGGCAAUGGGUUUGGUUUGGUUUAUACUAGAAGUCAGUAGGGAGUAGCAGUUAAGAGCAGGGGCUCUAGAGUCCAGCUGUUUGGGCUCUGGUGCCAGACCUGACAUUACCUCUGUAAUUUCUCUGCGCCUCAAUUUGCUUCUCAUUAAAUGGAGAAAAUGUAAUAAUACUACCUCAUAAGGUUGUUGCAAGGAUUAAAGUAUCUCUAAGUUGUCUAGAUUUCACAUUUAGACUGUAAGUUCUUUAGAGGCAGAAAUCAAUCCUUGGUACAGAGCUCACAGUUCACACUCAAUAAAAUGCUUGAGUGAGUUAACAGGCCUGGGGACCAAACUGCUCUAGGCCUCAGUUUUCUCAUUUAUUUAAUGUGUGAGUUGUACUUCACAUCUUUAAAGUCUGUAUUACUCUGACAUUAGUUCAUUCAGCAGUAUUUGUUGAAAACCUAUUAUGUACCCAACACCGGGCUAGGCAGUGGGGAAGGGACAGGUUCGAGGAGUGAAGGAGGGAGCGUGAAGAGAGCACCAACUUUGGAGCCAGACAGGCCUGGGUUUGAAUUCCUGCUCUGUCACUUAAAUUGCAAAAUUUGGACAAGCCACUUAACUUCUCUGAGCCUCAGUUUCCUUACAGGCAAAAGGGGUUUGGUGUACUUAAUCCCAGAGUCCCUGGAUGGUGCAAAAGAUUAACACACUCCUCUGCUAACCAAAGGGUCAGCAGUUCGAAUCCACCAGGUGCUCCUUGGAAACUCUAUGGGGCAAUUCUACUCUGUCCUAUAGGGUCGCUAUGAGUCAGAAUUGACUCAACGGCACUGGGUUUGGUUUUGGUUUGGGUCUGCUAACCGAAAGGUUGGGGGUUUGAGUCCACCCAGAGGAGUCUCAAAGAAAAGCCUGGUGAUCUACUUCUGAAAACUCAGCCAUUGCAAAUCCUGUGGAGCAUAGUUUACUCUGACACACAUGGGGUUGCCAUGAUCAGAAUCAACUCCACAGGCAACUGAUUUUAUACUUAUCCCAAAGACCUAUAAUGAAUAUUAAAGAGAUUGAGCUAUGUAGUGUGCAGAUCACAAGCCAAUAAAAUGUUGGUAGACUUCCUCUUCUUCGUCUCCUUAACCGCUUUACUGGGAAGGUGAUACAUGUAUACAUAAAUACCUUAUGCAAUAAGUGUCUCCAGAGGCACACAAAGAGAGUGAGAACUGAAUUCCCAGCUGGGGAUCCGGAAGGAUUUCCGAAAGUGUCCUUUGAGGGGCAGGGAGGAAUUGGACUCAUGGAAAUUCCAGGUCGAAGGAAAUUGUGAGGUGCUGAAACGUCAAGGCUGAAGGAUGCAGUCUUGGGUAGUACUUAAAAAAAAAAACAAAAAACUACUAGGCAAGAUUGUAGGUGCAGAUGGCAGGCAUCUUCCGCCCCUGGCCUGCCCCGCCUCGGUCGCCCGGGGACUGUCGUUUCCCAGCCCCGCCUCCCGCGAGGUCCCCGGUGGGGCAGGAGCGGAUGGCUGCUUGGCCACCGGAGGGCAGCAGCGGCCCUUCCUGACCCCACCCCGAGCCCCUCUCAACUUUCCCGACGCCGGUCCGCCCCUAGGGGCUGGAAGGCUGGGCAGAGGCUGAGUCUCGGGGGCCCGCUCUGCCCCUUUCCUCCGCGGUCAAGGGAUCUCCCCGGGACUCUCUUCCCACCCUGGGGCGGGAGCCGGGACCAGCG